AUGGUCACGAUAACAGUGACGGUGACUAUACUAGUGACAGUAACGGUGACGGUGACUAUACUAGUGACAGUAACGGUGACGGUAACGGUUUCGGUAAUUAUAAUGGUAACUAACGGUAACGGUAAUGGUAAUGAUGACAGUGACAGUAAUAGUAAUGGUAACGAUGAUGCUAAUGGUGUCGGUGACGGUAACGGUAACGGUGACGGUAACGGUAACGGUGACGUUAAGGAUAACAGUGAUGGUAAUAAUGACAGUAACGGUAACGGUCAAUGUCGUAGUGAUGGUGACGGUAACGGUAACUAUGAUGGAGACAGUAACGGUGACAGUGACAGUGACAGUAACAAAGACGGUAACGGUGACAGUCACGGUGGUGGUAAGGGUCAUGGUCAUGGUAACGAUAACAUUGAUGAUCACGAUCACGGUACAGAUUACGUUAACGGUAACAGUACCGGUAACGAUGACAGUAACAAUAACAGAAAGAGUAACGGUAACAAUAAUGGUGAUGCUAAUGGUCACGAUGACUUUAACGAUGAUGGUAACAGUAACGUGACAGUGACGGUAAUGGUCACGAUGAUGGCAACGGUAACGAUGAUGGUAACGGUAAUGGUGAUGGUAACGGUUACAAUGUAA